UCGAAUUGAAAAUUGAAUCUCUCUCCCACUGCUUCUCAAUAUGUCUGGGGGAGAAUCGCAAAAACAGAGCACUCUCAGAGGUUUCCUGUCGUUCCGAACACUCUAUACUCUCGCCAUCAUCGUCGUCUUCCCUGCAAGUGGAAUUGUAAGCUUUAAAGACGUGGCAUUCACACUCUUCUCCCUGGUAUAUGUGUUCUUCCUCUCCAAGGUAGCCUUCCCUAUUCUGAAUCCUGCCACUGACCCCCGAGUCUUCGGCAAGAACAAUAAGUUCCUGAAGCUCUACGUCCCCUUCACAGCUUUGAUUGGUCUUAUUCUUCCAAUUGGUUACAUCAUCCAUGGAAUCUUUGAAGGCGACAAAGAAGGAAUCAAAGCAGCUGCUCCCCACAUCUUCCUUCUAUGCAGUCAAGUUUUCAUGGAAGGUCUUACCUUCAAUGCCGGAUUCUCGAUUCCGAUCUUUGCUUUUGUUCCAGUGUUCUACAAUUCGAGGAGGAUCUUCACGAUUGUGGAUUGGUUGAGGGCUGAGAUGGGGAAGACAGUGAACGGCGAAUUGGUUGGAUCGGCGAUAAGAGUCUAUUUUGGGAGAGGGGUUGCAGUGGCUAAUCUACUACUAUGGUCCUUCAAUCUGUUUGGUUUCUUAUUGCCCGUCUUUCUCCCCAGAGCUUUUAAGAGAUAUUAUGGCUAUAAGGAGAAGGUUUGAAGAAGCAGUUCUUUCUUUCUUAUAAUCUUACUCUGUUCGAAUAAGAUGUAUUUUUAUUUUGUAAUCCUAUUCCUACCUGCCCUUUAUAGUUUCUAUUUU